AACUUGAACUGUUUUGCGGGAGCAGCGGGAACCUGUUUGAGCUUCUUCGACGAAUCCUUUCCAAAUCUGACAUACCUAAAGUUGCUUAUAAUGAGUGCUAAAAAGCAACGAGGAACCAGGGUGCCAACAGCGCCUCCGAAGGAGAGUGAAACUUUUAUUCCUCCUGGUUUUACUCAGAAGCAGAAAGCGUCGUCUUUUGAUCAAAUGGAUUCCCCCAACCUGUCUUCUAUAGACAAAGCUAGCUUCCUGGCAGGAUUACAGCUAAAUUAUGGCAACCCUCUGCACAGUACAGCCAUGGAGGAAGAUUUAAAUGUGAGUGAGGAGAAACAGAUGAGCCAAGAAAGGGCAGGAAGAACUGACUUUCCUAAGACAGGAAAGGACACUGGUAAACAACGGGGAGCUGCUGUGAAGAGGAAGAAGGCAGAGGGAGGUCAGGAGAAUGAGGAGGAAGAGAAGAAGAUAAACAGGGGCAGGAGACGUGCUGGAGAGAAGGUCAAAAGGCCUGAGAAGGAAGCAACAGAAGAUGAAAGAGCAGAAUCAGAUGCAGAGGCACAUAAAUCCAUCCCCACGAAGGUCAGUCACCCUGCCUCCAGAGCCAGGCAGCAGCGAUUGGUUGGGAAGAAGCCCGCCAAGAGGGGCAGUGCCAGGCCAGUGAAUAAUCAGCAAAGGACGGAGGACAAGAAGAGAAGAAGUCAAUCUGGUAGUGGAAAAUCCAAUGACAGUCAGUCACAGGACUCUGGCCCUGCCCCACAGAGGCACAGGAGAGUCCUGUCUUCUGAUGAAGAGGAGGUGGAUGAAGACACCAGCUGGAUUCCAAGUCCAAAGAAGUCCAGGAUGCAUAGUUUGGGAAGAACUAAAAAGUCUUUGUCUAAUAAGUCCAAAGCUAGGAAGUCCUCAUCAGGCAGUGCUUCUGGAGAACCGGGACAGGCCAGCACAGGCAAACAGAGGCGGAAGAAACUGAGCCAACAUGUAGGAACAGAGUUAGAGGUGGUGCUGGAUUCCUUCCUUGAUUUCUGUGACCAGUACAGGGAGUCUGUGGAGUCUAAAGCUGUCAGACAGGCCAUUGACUGUUUCUCCAACAACGUCAAAGAGCAGCUCUUGGAAAAGAUCACUUCUUUAAAGGAGCUCAAGGUGCUCAAAAGAGACAACAUCAAGGUGGGCUCUUUGAUCCGUAAAAACACGCAGAGACUGUAUGAUGCCAAGCACGAGCUGAUGAGGGCAGAGAGGCAGGCGUGGUUGCUGGGGAAGGAGAAGGCCGAACUGCAGCUGCGAUUAGCUGACUUGAGACGAAGCCAGGCCUUCCUCCAUGACAUCAGAGAGCUCAAUAGACAGUACCUGGACUACAGACACAAACACCCCAAGGAGAAAGAGAUGUACGGGGCGUCCAGCUUAGCAGCUCUGCUCUUGGAGACGAAGCACAUCGAGACGGCAGAGAAUCAGCUGAGAGGAAUCAACAUCCAGCAGGAGAAAAGACAGAAGAAAAAGGAGACUGGGGAAAAAACACACGCACAAAAGCAGAAAGUUUAAAGCUCCGGCGACUGCAUAGUAUGAGAUAUAAGGCUGGAAGCAGCUUGGCAGUGUGGAUUGUAAUGUGUUUUGUGGAUAAGAUUUUGUAUAUAACCAAUAUUCUGUUCAUUUAGAUCAUAAAUGUAACCUGUAGAUGAUUGCUAGAAGAUUUGCACCAUUAUAUGUUUAAUAAAU